UGCUGCUGCUGCCGCUGCCGCGGCCGCACAGCUCCACGCGCUGAGGACGCCCCAGCACCCGGGACCCUGCAGCUGCUGCUGCUGCUGCCGCUGCCCCCGCCGCCGCCGCCGCAGUCCGUGCCGCUGCCAGGAGCCCCGGAGCUGGCCAAGGCAGGGGACUGAGCCACAGCCGCCUUCGCCGCAGCUCCUGCCCCCCGCCCCCCCAACAGCCCCAACACCCCCACUGCAAAUCCUCCAGCUGCUGCAGCCGCCCCCUCGGGGGGUACUUAAGGGAAGGGAGGGGGGUGGGGGAACAAUCCGUGGUGUUUAGGACUUUUAAAGGGGGGGUGUUGUUUAUGCACUCCCCCCCCCCAAGAAAAACAAAAGGAAGGGGGGUGACUUUUCCUCUCUCUCUCUCUUUCUCUCUCGCUCUCCCUUCACCUCCCAGUCUCCUGAAUGAGGAGAACUCGGAUGUCCGGUUUCCUGUGAGGGUUUUUACCUGACAAGCUCCGACUUUCCCUAGCAGUUACUUGGAGAGCAACUUGAAAAAAGUUUGGAGCCCCCGCGCAACGGAUCCGCCACCGCUGCCGCCUCUUGUCCGUCCCCCAGGCUUUUUACUGGCUGAAUAUCGGGGGCAAGGAAAACCAGGAGCGCUCACCAUUGCAGGGGCACCCAAGCCCCCACCCCCUGCCCCCCCGUAAACGCACUAGUCUCCCCCACCCCUUCCCCACCCCGCCCCAACCCCCCAAGGAGCCUGUUCACCAUGCACUUGCUGGGAUUAUUCUCCCUGGUCUGCUCCCUGAUCGCUGCAGCUCUGCUCCUGGGACCUCGGGCGCCCGCCGCAGCUGCGGCUUAUGAGUCGGGACAGGGCUAUUACGAGGAAGAACCGGAUCUGGGGGAGGCAAAGGAUAAUGCAAGCAGAGAUCUGGAAGAGCAGUUGCGGUCUGUGUCCAGUGUGGAUGAACUUAUGACAGUCCUUUAUCCAGAAUAUUGGAAAAUGUUCAAAUGUCAGUUGAGGAAAGGGGGCUGGCAGCAAAAUGGGGAGCACCCCAGUCCUGAUACAACGAGUGAAGAGAAUGUCAAAUUUGCUGCAGCACAUUAUAAUGCAGAGAUCUUGAAAAGUAUUGAUAAUGAGUGGAGAAAGACUCAGUGCAUGCCACGUGAGGUGUGUAUAGAUGUGGGGAAAGAGUUUGGAGCAGCAACAAACACCUUCUUUAAACCUCCAUGUGUAUCCAUCUACAGAUGUGGGGGUUGCUGCAACAGUGAGGGACUGCAGUGUAUGAACACCAGCACAAGUUACCUCAGCAAGACGUUGUUUGAAAUUACAGUGCCUCUUUCCCAUGGCCCCAAGCCAGUCACAAUCAGUUUUGCCAAUCACACCUCCUGCCGAUGCAUGUCUAAAUUGGAUGUUUAUAGACAAGUUCAUUCGAUCAUUAGACGUUCCCUGCCAGCGACACAGUCACAGUGUCAUGCAACAAACAAGACUUGCCCAAAAAAUCAUAUCUGGAACAAUCACAUCUGCAGAUGCCUGGCUCAGCAAGAUUUCAUUUUCUCCUCCAGUGCUGCAGACAGUGAUACUUCAGAUGGAUUCCAUGAUAUCUGUGGACCCAACAAAGAAUUGGAUGAAGAAACCUGUCAGUGUGUAUGCAAAGGAGGACUUCGGCCUUCAAGCUGUGGACCCCACAAAGAACUAGACAGAAAUUCCUGCCAGUGUGUGUGUAAAAACAAACUUCUACCCAGCUCAUGUGGAGCCAACAAAGAAUUUGAUGAAAACACAUGUCAGUGUGUAUGCAAGAAAAGCUGUCCCAGGCAUCUGCCUCUAAAUCCUGGAAAGUGUACCUGUGAAUGUACAGAAUCUCCAAGUAGAUGUUUAUCAAAAGGAAAGAAGUUUCGGCAACAGAACUGCAGUUGUUACAGACUACCAUGUCUGGGUAAAGUGAAGCGUUGUGAGCCAAGAUUUUCAUUCAGUGAAGAAGUAUGUCGUUGUGUCCCUUCACAUUGGAAAAGACCACAUAUGAACUAAGGAAACAGCAUCAUUUGCCAGUUGAGCAUACAGUUUUUCCAUGAUGAAAAUCAGACUAUAUAGCUAUCAUUUGGAACUCUUAAUAGAGACCUUUCUGGGGCCAUGAUAAAGACACAACUGAUUUUUCCUGAGCAAUGCAGAUGGAACUCACUUGCAAUAAAGAACUCAUCUAAGGACCCAUUUUCUGCCAAUGACCAAACAGCCUAGGUUUUUUUCUCCUUUGUGAUUUUUAAAAAAAGAUAAUGACUAUAUAAUUUAUUUCCACUAAAAAUAUUGUGCAGCAUUCCUGUUUAUGGCAAUAACAAUUGUUAAAGCUCACUGUGAUCAAUAUUUUUAUA